AUGGCUGGCGCCCGCGAAGGAAUGCGCGCGCUUAGAGCUGUAAGCGGCAGGCAAUUGAGUAGGCAGGUCGCCCAGCCCUGCGCUCGCCGCUUUGCGUCCUCGGCGACUUCCCAGAACCCCUUGGCAGGCAUUGAAGAGUCGACAUCGUUUUCCACGCCAGGGCCCGACGAGGACGCCGUAAAGGCGUUCAAAGAGACCAAGGCUAAUAACAAGCGAGACAAGCAAUUGCCCGGCAGUCGCUAUCAAUUUCAUCCCCCCAAGUACAACCGAGGACCUCUCCAUCCGAUACAGUCGCCGCCAUCGUCCGACCCAACGGCGCGUGACUUCGUUCCCGGGCCGUUCAACCUGCCGCGCCUCAAGCACACCUACGACAGCACGAUCGCGCCGGACCUGAUGACACUCACCUACACGCACAAGCCGCUCGGCUACGAGACGCCCGAGUCGACCAAGGGCCAGCUGCGUGAGUGGGACGGCUCGUCGCCGUACCACAAGAACCGUCCGCGACGCGGCCCACGCGGUGGCCAGUCGGGCCGCCUCGGCCUCGUCGAGAAGGAGAUGAGCUGGCACAACCUGCCCGAGAUCGUCGCCGUCACCGUCAACUCGUACGCGCCCGAGGCCGCUGACAACAAGGAGUACCUGGACGUUGCCCGCGCCGUGGUGCAGGCCAUCACCGGCGAGUUCUCCGAGGUCACGCGCACCCGCUCCAACGUCAUCCACUGGGGCGUCCGCAAGGGUCAGAAGACGGGCGCCAAGGUGACGCUGCGUGGCGGCGCCGCGUACGAGUUUGUGGACAAGCUGGUGACGCUGGUGCUGCCCAAGAUCAAGGAAUGGCCCGGCGUCAAGGGCAGCUCGGGCGAUCGCGCGGGCAACCUGGGCUUAGGCCUGAGCCCCGAGUACAUGUCCUACUUUCCCGAGCUCGAGUACAACUUUGAUAUGUACCCACCGCAUCUCAUGCCAGGCUGCGACAUCAUUAUCCAGACGACCGGUACAUCAGACAGACAAGGACGUCUUUUGCUGGAAGCUUUGGGGUUCCCAUUCUACGGCAAGGUUACGUACUAA